GGCUGAGCAGGUGUGGCAGCCUUUAAAGCACGUCAGAUGUUAAGCGCCUCAACUUUGAAGACGGUUCGCCUGAUGUGCACAUGAAUGCAACAAAGCUCUAAAGCGGCUCAUCCAGGAGAGCUUCGACGCCAAAUCAGCAUUCGACAAGGGCAGAUGGAUGAUGCUGAUCCCUCGCUCCGGAGGUGUGGAGUGACAGAUGACAGAGAGAUUGAUACAGCAGGAGAGAACGAGGCGAGCAACGUCGGGAAGGGUCACGGCUGGCGGUAAUGGAAAACAGCGGCAAAGGUCAGAAACAUUGAUCGGGAGGCGAGAAGAAAUCAACCUGAUCCUCAACUCUGACCUGCAACAAGAAAAGCAAUUUGGAAGGACUCAGACAAACCCAACCUCAUCUGAAUGCAGACAUCAAAACUGAUGAUACUUUUCUGCAAACUCAUUCGUACACAUCUGUCGGCGUGUGCGUCGACCAGGCAGCAGUCAUGGAUAUGAGGGAACCAGUUUUGAGCUUUGAACUAGAAACUCUUCAGCUCUCACUUCCAUCGAGAAGCGGAUGUGACUGAACACCACAAAGCAGCGUUUUGGGGAAGUUUCGGCUCAGUGCUCACCUUAAGAACUCGCUGCCAAUGACCCUUUGGCAAGAAAUGGGAGAUUCGAACUUCAGGGAACUAUUUGAGCCUGUUUGCAGCUAGCAAGACUUUACUGGAAUAAAACAAAGUCCAAAACUUUGGAGCUACUUCCUCCCAGUCCCCUCUUCCCUUUCACUCCCCACCCCCAGCUGCUUCCUCCCUGUUUUUCCCUUCACCCCCGAUCCUGCUGUGAUUGAAUGUUCUGUGUUCUGAGGACACCUAUCAAUACUCCUUAAAUAAGUCCUGAUCAAUACUGAUGGCCUCUUUCUCUUUACCGUCUUCUUCCCUUUGCUGGUGAAGAAGGAGAGUUAGAACUCCUUGCAUCCUCCAACUGGGUAAGGGUCCCUCUGGGAUGGGCGGCCCGGCGAGGGCUCUACUUGGCGGGUUCAGCACCACCACUUCCUCCCUGGAUCUUGGAAGUCGGAUGGCUUGGCCAAGCAACAACCCCCUGGACCUCAACCAAACCCUGUCAUGGGGGAUCGGGCUUGGAAGCAAUGGUGGAGGUGCAGCGGCCAUGAGCGGAGGUCUGGACAAUUUCACCCAGAAGUCCAUCACCAGGGCCGUGAUGAAAGAGAAAAACUGGCCGGCGCUGCUCAUACUCGUCAUCAUCGCGCUGACGAUCGGUGGAAACAUCCUGGUGAUUCUGGCGGUGUCGCUGGAGAAGAAGCUCCAAAACGCCACCAACUUCUUCCUGAGGUCGCUGGCUGUGGCGGACAUGCUCGUAGGCAUCCUGGUCAUGCCGAUCUCCCUCAUCAACAUCCUCUACGACUAUGCCUGGCCUCUCCCCAGCGCUCUGUGUCCCAUCUGGAUCUACCUGGACGUGUUGUUCUCCACCGCCUCCAUCAUGCACCUGUGCGCCAUCUCUCUGGACCGAUACGUCGCCAUCCGCAACCCCAUCGAGCACAGCCGCUUCAACUCCAGAACCAAAGCCAUGAUGAAGAUCGCCGCCGUCUGGACCAUAUCCAUAGGUGUGUCGAUGCCAAUCCCAGUGAUCGGCCUCCACAACGAGGACAAGGUCUUCGUCAACGGCAGCUGCGUCCUCAACGAGGAGCGCUUCAUGCUGAUUGGCUCCUUCGUGGCCUUCUUCAUCCCAUUGGUCAUAAUGGUGGUGACAUACUGCCUCACCAUUCAGGUGCUUCAGAGGCAGGCCACUGUCUUCCUGUGUGAGGCGAAAGCCUCCUCCCAGCAGCCUUUGCACACACCAGCAAUGUCGAAUACUUUACAGCCUCCAACCAGCACCUUCAGCAUUCCUCAGAUCAAUACACUCGCUCCCUCAGACUCAGAAGAGAUAAAGCCGCCACGUCUUCAGACUAGAAGAAACACCUUGAGCUGUCUGAAAGCAGCAGAGCCCAGCAUGCUGCUCAGCGUCUCCACACCAGACAGCCUGAGCAUCAUCCCCAGCUCAGAGGUGGCAUCCCAGCUCAGCUCGCCAGCCGCGGGAACAUCACGGAGCGACGCCUCGGGCUGCAGCGGGCGACGGGGGAUGAUGCAGGCCAUAAAGAACGAGAGGCGAGCCUCCAAGGUCCUGGGGAUUGUCUUCUUCCUCUUCCUCAUCAUGUGGUGUCCCUUCUUCAUCACCAAUGUCACCUUCGUCCUGUGCCGGGACUCCUGCAACGAGUCGCUGCUCAACGACCUCCUCAACGUCUUCGUGUGGGUGGGCUACAUCUCCUCGGGGGUCAACCCUCUGGUCUACACCCUCUUCAACAAGACCUACAGGAGAGCGUUCUCCAGCUACAUCAGGUGUCAGUACAAAGCGGGGGCCAACGCGGCCGGACAGAGUUGCAAAACCCUCCUGGUCCCCCCGCCGUGCCAGUCGCAAAGCGUGACCCCUCUUCUGAUGGGCAGUCACGGGAAAGCGGGCAUGGACCGCAACAGUAACUGUCGCAACGGUGGCAGGGGGGACAACGGGAGGCUGGCGGUGGACCCCGACGACAUGACGGAUGACGACGGGACGCAAAUCGGGAUAGUGACGCAGAGCCUCUCAGAGUGCCACAACAUCGGCAUGCUUUCAGAAACCGAGCCGGAAACGGAGGUGGAGCAGGAGCUGUCGCUCAUCAGCUACAGCUCCGCCUCCAGAGAACACACAAGCAGCGUGUGACUGUGCGCUUAUCUCAUUUGAGUCUUCUUUUCCAAACCUGCAGACGCUGCGCCGAGCGCAAUUUCGGAGAGCGAUGCAGUGUUCUUAUUGGCUGGUAUUGCUGCAGGACUUGUCUCGAGUGACGGGCCUUAUCCCCUCACCGAUGUGCACUACUUAACAGAUGACAAGAAGGCAGACUACGACAGAAGUUGACCUCACAGGCGGAAAGAUCGGCUCAGUUUUCACGUGAAAAACUGAAUUAUUCGGGGUCAAAAUGUUGGUUUCACACCAAAAAUGGAGAAUAAAGCGCUCCACAGGCCCAAAGAGUGAAUAACUUUAUGGGGACAAAGGCACCAGCAGAGAUCCAGAAGAGCUUGGUCUCAUUGUUGACCAGGAGUAAAGUCAGGAGGACCUCAGAGGAGUCCUUAUGGUGCAGGUUAAGGGGUCAAAAUGAGGUCAAACUACGACUUCAAGCCCCAGCUCCGAGUCACAAUGCAGUCCGAGUCCAAACUCUCCAAACCAAGCAAACCAAAUCUAUUUUUGUGCCGGUCAAGCUUGACGUUACCAGUCAUAUAAUCUAUCUGAAUGAACACUUCCAGCAUGUAUAAUCAAACUAUUCAACCCACAGAGAGGAGAUUUUUCCUCCAAAGGAAAACUUUCUCAAGGCUGCAGCCACAAGUUUGUCUGCAGAGGACCAAGCUGAAGGAAUGUACCACCACCGGGGUCUCUGGUGGACUCACAGUGCCAUCUGGUGGACGGCAUGACACACAGAGAGGUUGCAUCCCUUGAAUCGAACGAGGGGGUUAAAGAGCUAAAUACAAAAAAGAAAAAAAACAUGGCGCAGGCCUUUUGGUCCAGUACAGCUGUCAGGCUCUUGCUUCUCUUGACCGAUACAACCAAUUUGGGAGGAAAGAGUCAGUCAAGUUUGAAAUGAAAAGGCAGAUAUCUGAAAGUAAAAAUGUUAGGGUGCACAACAAGUUCCUAAGAUGUCAGUCAUAAAAGGGACAAAAGCUAGAUUUCGUAAUUUUAGCUUUAGAUUUUUAAUGUAAUGUCACCAGAUUAGGUUUUACUGUUGCUCAGCCCCAUAAAGUGAUAUCAAAUGAAUGUCAGAGAUGCUCUCGUAGGUUAGAAAGUCACACUUCAUUCACCAAAAAGACGAGUUUAACAAACUGAUUUAGAACCAUGCAAAUCCAAAGUUCAAAUGUUUCAAUCUGUGGGACCUGCUCCUCAUGAUUCCACCUCGUGACACCGUUCAGUCCAAAAGAUUCAAAAGAUGUCAUUCUCUGAAGGGAACCAAAUAGAUUCAUGACCUUGCCUGUAGCUCAGUAAUGUCAGCUUCAUCCUUUGGCUUUCAUUUUUACUGAUUCAGCAACAAAACACUGAAAAUGAUACCCUGAGAUAUUCCUCGUUUAUUCCAAAUUCACACCUUUUCCUCCCAAAGAAAUACUUGCAACAAAAUCCAGUGCUUCAUUUGAA